GCUGGGUUGGUGCGCAGGCGCAGCGGUAUGUUAUGACCCGUGUUUCGUAAGGUGGUUCGUUGUGUAAAGCAGGAUGGUGUCCACCUCUGCCUAGCUUUAAAGUUAAUCUGACUGUUCCUGAUGCAGACCCCCUGCUGAUGAAGAAGUGAGAUGACGUCAACGAUGUUUCCCGCCGGCAGAUACUGGUUUCAUGCAGGGCGAUGUGUACGGGCCCUGAGAAGAUGCCCCCGUCUGGACCCCGGGGCCCUUGGAGUCCGGCCCACCGCCCGCCGCUGGGCCAGCAGCGACGCCCCCAAGAUCACCACCCACUACAGCAUCCACCCCCGGGACCAGGACCCCCGCUGGGAGGGGACGGAGAUGGAGCGCUUCGCGGACCAGGCGGACGUGGUGGUGGUGGGGGCGGGGCCCGCCGGCCUUUCCGCCGCCAUCCGGCUGAAGCAGCUGGCGCUGGCGGAGGAGCGGGAGGUGCGGGUGUGCGUGGUGGAGAAGGCGUCUCAGAUCGGAGCCCACACCCUCUCAGGGGCCUGUCUGGAGCCCAGCGCCCUCAACGAGCUGCUGCCCGACUGGAAGGAGAGAGGGGCCCCCCUCCACACUCCAGUAACUGAGGAUAUUUUCAGCAUCCUGACGGAGAAGCACAGGAUUCCGGUCCCCAUGUUGCCAGGUCUGCCCAUGAACAACCACGGGAACUACAUUGUGCGUCUGGGAAACCUGGUGCGCUGGCUGGGGGAGCAGGCGGAGGAGCUGGGGGUGGAGCUGUACCCGGGCUACGCCGCCGCAGAGGUUCUUUUCCAUGAAGACGGGAGCGUUAAAGGCAUCGCCACCAACGACGUGGGAAUCGCUAAAGACGGCUCUCCUAAGGACACCUUUGAGCGGGGCAUGGAGCUGCACGCCCAGGUCACUCUGUUCGGGGAGGGCUGCCACGGCCAUCUGGCCAAGCAGCUCUACCGGCACUUCAACCUGAGGCAGAACUGUGAGCCUCAGACCUACGCCAUCGGACUCAAGGAGGUGUGGGUGGUGCGUCCGGAGAAGUGGCGUCCGGGCCGGGUGGAGCACUCGGUGGGCUGGCCGCUCAACAGAAACACCUACGGGGGCUCCUUUCUUUACCACCUCAACGAGGGCGAGCCGCUGGUGGCCCUUGGCUUUGUGGUGGGUCUUGACUACUCCAACCCCUACCUGAGUCCCUUCAGAGAGUUCCAGCGGUGGAAGCACCACCCGUUCGUUGCCCCCACCCUGGAGGGGGGCGAGCGCAUCGGCUACGGGGCGCGUGCCCUCAACGAGGGCGGGGUCCAGUCCAUCCCAGAGCUGACCUUCCCAGGAGGCAUCCUGAUUGGCUGCAGCCCUGGCUUCAUGAACGUCCCCAAGAUCAAAGGGACGCACACGGCCAUGAAGAGCGGCAUGCUGGCUGCCGAGGCCGUGUUUCCUCGGCUGGCCGUGCUGGAGGAGGACUCCGCCCCCUCCGCAGGUCUCCACGUCCCGGAGUACGCUGAGAGCCUGAAGGCGUCGUGGGUGUGGAAGGAGCUCCACGCGGUGAGGAACAUCCGACCCUCCUUCCACAACUACCUGGGUCUGUACGGGGGCAUGGUCUACACCGGCAUCUUCUAUUGGAUCCUGAGGGGCAAGGAACCCUGGACCCUGAAGCACUGCGGUCUGGACUCCGACCAGCUGAAGCCGGCCAAGGAGUGCACCCCCAUCGAGUACCCCCGGCCCGACGGCAAGCUGAGCUUCGACCUGCUGUCGUCGGUGGCCCUGAGCGGGACCAACCACGAGGGCGACCAGCCCGCCCACCUCACGCUGAGGGACGAUAGCGUGCCGGUGGAGCGCAACCUGGCCAUCUACGACGGGCCCGAGCAGCGCUUCUGCCCCGCAGGCGUGUACGAGUACGUCCCCACUGACGACGGCGCCGGGAUGCGGCUGCAGAUCAACGCCCAGAACUGCGUCCACUGCAAGACGUGCGACAUCAAAGACCCCAGCCAGAACAUCAACUGGGUGGUGCCGGAGGGCAGCGGAGGCCCCGCCUACAACGGGAUGUGAACCUUUUUUAUUGGUCGAUGCUAACCGUGCCUACACAAGACCCCUGAGGAGGUGGAUUGGAGCCUCAGCAGGACUGUAAUAUAUUGCGUUGUUAAGAACAUUAAAGCGGAAUGAGGCUGAUGCUGAUGGUUUAUUUCACGAGUCCCUUUGGCGCGGAGAACACGUCAGUGAACUCAUGUAGAAAACAAUACAGUAGGGGAGGGCUGAACACCACAGGAAUAAAUUAAGCACCGCAGGUACACACCAGGUCAGACUCCUCCACAGGUGAAGAGGUUAACUUCACCUCUCCACAAAGAUGAAGGGUUGAAGUUUCGACAACUCCACGCAGGUGAAGGGGUGAAGUUCAGACACCUCCACGCAGGUGAAGGGGUGAAGUUCAGACACCUCCACGCAGGUGAAGGGGUGAACUUCACCUCUCCACACAUGAAGGGGUGAAGUUCAGACACCUCCACGCAGUUGAAGGGGUGAGGUUCAUGCAAACAUCUUGGCAUAGAUCUUCUUCUCCUUCUCCUUCUCUUCCUUCACGCUGAUCUGGACUCUCUUCAUCUCGCCCGCAAUCGCUGCAAAACACAAAGGAGGCGUUUCAUUGGUUGCUCAAUCCCUGCGUCGGCCAAUUACGGCGCUCCACUUUUUCACCGGAAGUUUUCCGAGUAUAAACCGAUUCAGCAUUGUACCUUCCACCAGCGCCUAUUCUGAGUGUGGUUCUCUUACGGUGAAGGGUUCUCUUACGGUGACAGUAAUGCAUGGUUGGUUCCACUUACUGUCUACCUUUUAUUUUUUUCAGUACUAGUUAAUUUAUAAUCAAUAAUUAUAAUAAGGAGUCAUGUUAUGGUAUCGGAUCGGCACCUAGACUUGCGUACUCGCCGAUACCCGAUAUGCCAUUUUAGGCGGAUUAAGAGGCAUAUCCGAAACUGGUAUCGGUACCAGAUCCACUCUAGUUUAGACUUCCUCUUGGAGUCCAUGUAAAGAUCUGAAGGUUAACAUGUGAUAUGAAACCAUUUCUGCAUUAAAAUAUCUCAAAUGUU